AUGCGGUUAAGCGAUGAGAGAUCUUCGAUCGCAUCGAGUAGUAAAUCAGUUGCAAACCGCCGCUCGCUGUUGAUGCACGGUCCCCAUUGCAUAGUAAUGUACGUAAUGCGCACACUUCGGUCGAUAGAAAACAGCAGAUCCUGUUCGCUAGACGUGCCAAUCGCCUUUCUCCAGGAUCGGCCUCCACUUCUUCCAUCUCGGCCCCCAGUCCUGCCUGGGGCAAUGAGAGCGACGCACGAGGCCCACUUAGUGGAGCUACAUCCCAGCGAUCGGCCGUCCUCUGGAAGGAAGUCCGGUGGGAAAAGGAGACUGAACGUCCCAGCGGGUUGGAAUCGCACUGACCAACCUGUCAAGGCGGACUGUUUCUCUGGUGCUGGAACGAACCCUCCUGUCCAACAGGACCCGAGAAUCUCCCUGUUCCAGCGGGCUGGUUCAGCUGAUGGUGGCGGUGAAGGCGGCCUGGGAGACGGAUGUACGGAAGAUGUAUGGAUUCAGCUGGGAAACAUCUCAACUUGUAUGACGAGUGGUCGUCGACCGCAACAGAUCAUCAAUUAA